AUAUGCGGUGGUCCAUUUAUCAAAAAUUCUACACAAAGGCUAAUAAUUGUGUCGGACACGUGGGAUUGUAGUAUAGGAAAAUACAUGAAAUUCGAAGAAAUAAAAAAUGUGAAUCUGUACUUAGUUGUGAAUUUUUACUACGACCGACUCAAAAUUUCAUUAACCUGAAGACUGGAGAAGAAAAAUCGGUUUGAAGUAAUAAAGUUUCAGCUCAAAGUGCGCUUCGAGGGUCCAUUAGAGCUGUAAUUCAAAAAACAACUACCCUAAUUGCAAAUAGUAAUCGUCAUCUUAUCUUCUUUCUUGAGUUCAUCAAUCUAAUCGAUAAUUAAAAAAUUAAUACGGAUCAUGUAAAAAUUGGGACCGACUACCACGUGAUGUAGAACGACAAACCGAGUCUUAUCUUCCCCUGAAUACGAGGAAUCUUGGGAGGAGCUGCUGGACGGCUGCAGGCUCGUAUCAAAAUGAAGAAGAAGGUAUCUCGAAGGUGUUAAUCAUCCAGAUCCGCGAAAAACGCGGUGCUAAAUCCAAAGAUGAAAUGCGACACCGUACUUUGCCUCUGUUUUCUCUUACCUCUGGUCUGCACGGAUCUCUGCUACGGUCUCAUUCACGCAAAAGCGUGCAAUCGAACCGUAAGAACUUCGGUGGGCUGGAUCCGUUGGACGGGAAGAAUGGGCAGAUGCGUUGUCAGGAUUAGAGCGCCUUUGAGAGAUCCUCAGGUCGUAGAACUGAGGAUUCGAAGACUUCAAGUUGGUACCCUCAGAGAUUCAACUUGCGAGGGAGCUUACGUACAAUUUUCGGACGGAAUCGAAGACCUUGAAGAUGACGUAGGGAGGUAUUGCGGACACGUGACAGGAAACGCAACGAGGCUGUUCCUGAGAAAAGGUCCGGAACUGAGCAUAGUCAUGGAUUCUGAUACGAAAUUUGCGGCGGAAAAUCCUGUCAUAUUUUCUGCUCAAUUUUCCGUUCUUCCCGCACGCUUGGCUAUGGAAAGACACGGGGGAUCAUUGCCAUCGGCUGCUGAAUGCUCGUUGGAGUGUUCGAAUCAUAAUUAUCAGCGUCAGUGUAGAAUAACGUCUCCAGGAUAUCCGGGAGUUUAUCCUAGGGGUAUGCGGUGCAGAAUUUCGUUGGAAUCAACAGCGGGAAGAUUUAAAAUUGGCGGAGUUUCGGAGGAUAUUUUUAACCUGAUGAAUUACACGAUUCAGGACGGAUGCAGGACAGAGAAUUGCGAGGAUCUUCACGUCGAGGAAGAUAUAAAUUCCAGAGUCCGUAGUUUUGUUGACGAAGAUGACGAUGACAAUGAUGACGACGAUGAAGAUGUUUUUGGAGAAAAAUUAUCGAGAAAAGGGAGAAAUUUGAAGAGCUUUGAUUACCGGUUCGAUGAGGACGAUGAAAUUAUUAUUGGGAGCGACGUUAAACAGAGGAGAGUCAAAGGAGGCGGAAAAAAGAAUGGCGAAAGUAACGAGGGAGUUGAUGACGUUGAAAGCCCUCCACCUGCGCGGACGACAGCGAGAAAGAGAAAAUCAAAGCACAAAGCUCACCGCAAAGUACCGAUGGCCAAUGUAUCAAGGGGAAAAUCUUUGGACAGAAAAACGGAAGGGGGUGAUUUUCAGCGGGACAGAAAGGGUAGGAAGAAAAAGCCGGACUUCCAGUUUGAAAGAAAUCUGAAAAGCCUUGAUGAUAACGUUGAAGGAAAAAGCGCUGGGAUAUUCGAUGAAAGUACAUCAGCUGUUCAAGUGAGCGAAACUCCGAGAAAAACAAAUUCCAUAUUCGAACACAGAUUCCAUAGAAAGCACAAGCAUUCCCACGAUAACAGGGUGGAGAACAUCAAUUGCGUGAGUGAUUAUUUGGCGAUAUAUGAAAAUUUGAACGGUAAAAUAGUUGAAAUUUCGAAAUUUUGCGGCGAAGGUCACGUACCGCAAAUCAUAUCACGUGGUAGGAAUGUUAUCGUAGAAUUUUCAAGUAAGAGGGACGGCACAAUAAUGCAUGAUGGUUUUCAACUCACCCUUCAAGAAACUGAAUCCGACUUGAUAAAACAUCCUAGAAAUUGCGAAUUCGUUUACAAAAGUUCCGACCGAGGAACAAAGGAGAAUAUAAAAUCAUUUCAGCACUGGUAUCCUCCCAGCACGCUCUGCAGCUAUAAAUUCAUCGGUAAAUUGACUGAAAAAGUUUAUGUCCAGUUAAAAAUAAUCAGAAACGAAUUUGAACCGGAUCCUGGCUCUUAUAUGCGACGAAAUUUGAGCAUGAAUUACUGCCCUGGAAAUGAAAUAGCCGUUUACAACGGUGCGUUCAGUAACGAUUCCUUAGCUUGGUCUUACUGCGAUAUUUUACAUUCGGAUAUAAAUAAUAUUCAAGUACCAGUUACCUCAACGGGUAAUAUUUUGUUGGUUCAAUAUUACAGUUCUAAGGGAUCCUUGAACGGUCAUGAAUUUACAUACGCCAUAUCAUAUAAGUUUAUUAAAAAAUCUCAGAGCACAAAUACCAAGAGAAAGACGGUCGGGUAUAACGAGACUAAAACCAUCUCUUUAAAGCCCGUUAAUUUUUCAGCUCUUAAUCUUACAGAGUACGAUAAUUGCAACUGCGACUUCUCCACAAGAAUUGGAACCUUUAAGAGUUGGUUCAUAGUCCUCGUCGUCCUCGGAGUAAUCUCGUUUCUUGGAGCCGUAUUUACGAUCGUUGCGUUAUUCAUAAAAUGUAUGAAGCUCAGAUCAAUGGAAAACAAACUUCUUCAGACCCCAAAGCGGUGAAUAAAUUAUAUAGUAUUUCCGAAAAUACUGAUGAGAUACGAUCGCCAUCAUCGAAUAACUAAUAAUGACUCGACUAUGUUUUUUCACGUUAUUUUGUAAACCCAGUAGUGUAUGAUGUGUAAAAUUAAGUGACAAAUGUUCGAGUGAUUAUGCGUAUUAGAAUAAGUGCAUAACGAUAUCGGAUAGAAAGAAGAUUAUUAUUUUAUGUCACGUUGCAUAUUUACAAAACAAUCGAACAAAAAAUAUAGCAGGUCCCACCGAGAUUUGAACUCGGAUCGCUGGAUUCAGAGUCCAGAGUGCUAACCAUUACACCAUGGAACCUUGAAAACCGUUAUGUGUAACUAAAAAUAAGAUCCUGUAUAUAAAAACAAAUUUAUGUAUGAUAUUAUUACAAUUUGUAAGCGUGAACACCAAAAUCUAGUUAUUUAUUGAACGAGUAUCUGGAAAACACAUCGCACGCGUAUUUUAUCAAUCUUGUGAACAUAUCUAAGGUGUAUUCCUCUGUAACGUUGAAAAAAGCAUUGUAAAAAAUUAUACAUACCUAUAUGUAACUAUAGACGUAUAUGUAACCAUAUCCUGCCAUAUUAUACAAGAGUGAUCGAUAUAGCAAAUAUUUCUAAUAAAAAUUGAUAGUGAUACUAGUAGCAAAAUA